AUGAUUGAUGACCCGGGAGUUCUGGAUGUUUUUGCAGCAAUGCCCUCAUUGAAAGACUUGUGCUACCUCGACGACAGGCCGGUCACAGAUAAAGAGCGAGCUUGUGUAAAUGCCUGGUCCAAAGGAGGCGUUGAGGCCGAAAGAAAAGAAAGGCUGCGCUGGAAAGAAAUGGAACAAGAAAAGAUCCGUAGAAGCGUGGAAGCUGUAUUAGCCCUCAGGAAAGGAAGGACGAAUAUGGACAUUUUGGCUGGAUUAGAAAAUGCUAAGUGCCGUAAAUGUGAAGAGGUGAGAAACUCCGAUCAAAAUGGAGAUUCCAGAUUGCUACAUCAAAAUAGCCAACAAAAGAUUGAUAGCCAAGAAUUAGACAAGGAAGAAAUUAUUAUUCCUGAAUUAGAAGACACAUCUCCGAUCCCCGUUGACAAGAGUGAGAAUUUCGUGUCCCAUGAAAUAAAAAAUAUCCUUUGUACUCUUGAACAAGUUUCGGGAUCUUCUGGAGACAGUGCUGUAAUUGCAGAUAUUAAAGUCCCGUCGGAUGGAAAUGAUUCGAUUUUACAACAGAAUGUUAAAAGUGAAGAGAAAGAAUCUUUUAUUACAACUUCAAGCGAUCCUUACAGAACACCGAUUGGUGAAUCUAUGCUGCAGGAAAACACCAUAAAGCAGAAUAACCAACAACAGAUUGACUACAAAGAAUCUGCUGGAAAUGAAAUUCUUAUUCCCGCAUUAGAAAAAAUAUCGCCCAUCCCGUCUGGCGAAAAUGAGAAUUGCAUACCUCAUGAAAUAAAAAAUAUACUUUGUGCUCUUGAGCCAGUUUCAGAACCAUCCAGGGACAGUGAUCCAGUUACAGAAAUUAGAAUUUCACAGGAAGAGAAUGAAACGAUUUUGCAGCAGACUAGUAAAAUAAGAGAGGCAGAAUCUUCUAUUUUAUUUUCAAAUGAUCGACACACAAUUCUGGAGGACGAAUCUGUAAAGCAUAAAAAUACUAUAAAACACGAAGUGAUCAGUUCGAACCAGUUCAUUUCUGGAAAUCAUACAAAUGGCAAAUCGGUGGCUAUUAGGGUUCAUAUUUAUACAGCAAACGAGGAAGGGCAGAAUAAUACUGAGAGCUUUAAUUCUGAACUGUUGAUGCAAAAAGAACAAUGCAACAAAAUGGAUGCAUCAUCACAAACUGAAAUACCUUUUACUUCCAUACUUUUAAAGUCCGGACAAUUUCCCAUAAGUAUAAACAUCAAUCAGUCUGAGAAUUUAAACAAUAAUGUAAAGUUCUCCAUCGAUAGAAAUACUUUACUGAAUCUUCAGAAAGCCAGCUCAUCUGAAACAGACACUACAGAAUAUUGUCAUGUCACAACUCAAACAAACGAUUUCUAUUUAGAUAGAGAGAAUGAAUUUACUGAAAAUGAAACCUUCGUUGUUUCUAUGAAAAACAGUUCAGUCACUGAUAAAAUUCAAGAUGUUGAAUCAAAAAGUGAAAAUAUUUUAAAUACAAGGAAAAACCGUUUGAAUCUGGAAAAUGAUGUCGACAGCUUCAUUUCCUCAAAAAUUGGAAGCAAUCAAUUAAAUCUACUUGAGAACAAAGCAGCAGAAAUUCUGGACCUAAAUUUAACUUCCAUUACAGAUAAAAACAUAGAAGAAGAAACAAAACUAAGUUUGGACAAAUCUAAUGUUGAAAUCAGUCCUCAAAAUGAAAUGGGAACCAAUCAAAAUACUUUGUAUAAAUCAGCUGAGAAAUUAAUUGAUUCUAAUACUUUGGCAGAAAGAAACAUUCCACAAGAUGUCGAUAAAUGGCAUUUACAAGGUGAAGUAAAAACUUUAAAUGCAGACCGUAAGAAUGCUUCUACCAUUUCUACGAAAGAGAUAAACUUUGUCCAAUCAGAAUCUAUCAUUUUAAAGAGAAGAGGACACAAUGAAAUCAGUUCUUCUGCGGCAAUAAAUGCAAAUGACUUUUUUAGCGCAAUGUCGAAAAUUGUUUCGACUGAGAGAAAUAUAAUUCCACCGAAGAGCGAAAAGAAGGCUGAAAUUAAGGCUACAGUUGAUCUCAUAACCAGUCUCAACAACAGGGACGAUGUAAUCGUGCCUUCACCAAAGAGCAAUCCUGUUCUUCCAAGUAUAAAAACAGAACGCUCUUCCUUGUCAUCCAUGCUUGAAGCAGAUUCAAAAGGAAACAGGUAUGAGGUCAAACCUCGGGAUUACAAAUAUGAAAAUAUAAGAAGUGAAGGCGGUAGGCAAGAUGAAGAUCGAAAUACCGAACUUAAACUCGGACAAGAGAAAAAUGACAAAAAAAUUACAAAAAAUUCCACGGAUGAAGGUUCUAUGGAAAAAGCAGAUUUAUUUUCUCUAGAAAAAUCAACCAUAAAACCCUCAAAGCCGAAAAUGGCCACAGAACUGGCAAAGAAUUCUUGGAAUGAUGAAUGCUUUGAAAUUGAAGACAACACAGAAAUUUUUUCAGAAAAGAUUACGCCGGACUUCAGUAUCAGCGGCAAGAAAAAUUAUUUCAAUAAUAUUUCAUCUGAAAAUGGAGAUACAGUUGAUGGGAAUCUAAACAUUUCCCCUCAAGCAAGUGCUCUAUUAAAAAAAUGGAAUUUAUCUUUAAGAAAUUUAUGCAAACCAGGUUAUCCUGUUAGCGGUCCACCGAAUUCAGAUUUUAUAGAAAAGCGAUAUGAAAAUGGCACAUUUAUGAACAAAAAUCAAACAUCAUCAAAAGAUGAAAUUAAAAAUGAACAGAGAUCACCAAUCAUUUCAAAUUUUGAACUGCCGCUUCUUUCUAAGGAAAGAAAUUUUGAUGAUGACAUUUCAAGUGAUGAAUCUGAGAUAUCGAGCAGCUCUUCAUCUGAUGACAGCAGUCGUUCAAUCUCGGAGGAUGAAAGCAAUGCACUUCUACGCCAUCCAAGAGAACAAAGAAACUUUUUGACACUCAAAAGCAGACUUGAAGUUCAAAAAUCUCUCACAUUGUUGGAAGAUAAAUUGUCAUUAAUGUCACCAACUCAUGAAUGUUCUGGUGAAAGCAAAAUUGCAAACCUGCUUACAACUGAAAAUCGUACUCCGGUUGGUUAUCGUUGCAACGAAACUGGUUCAGAGGAAUUAAGUAUUUAUUUAGAAAACGAAGCAAGUCAUCAAAAAAAUAUAAAUGUUCAACCAAUAGAAGAAGAUGAGACAGCAACGAUGGUAAAGGAAGUGGCAAAUGUCCUUAGAGAAAAUACAAUUGAUUUAGAAAACAAUACUAUUCUGGAAUCAGAUAGCUACUUAACACCGCCUUUUAACAGUAAUAACAAUGCAAGAAUAUCAUCUUCAGUCUCGGAAAAUUUAUUAAUUGAAGAUGCAGAUAGUUUAGAACAAGAAAUGAAUGCAACAUCGUCGCAAGAAAUGAGAAAAGAAGAAUGUGAUUUUCUUUCUGAGGAGAAUCAACGCGAACUGGAAGAUUUGAUUCUUGAAACUUGUGCUACGUCAAACUUAGAACAAACUGAAAGUUACAAUACGAUCAGUUGGAAUCCCAGUGAUUUUGACUGGAAGACUUGGUUGGAUACAGAAAACAUGAAUGAAAAUAGGAUUAGAAGGAAUCUAACAGAUGAAGAAAAAGAAUACAAAUCUUCUCCAGACAGAAUAGAAACAACUAUUUCGACAACAAGCGAUUUCAUUUCUAAUGCCAGCUGUGAGAAUCUAGGGCUCAAAGACUUUUAUGUAGAGAAAGAAAUGCCUAUAAAUGAUACAGAACUCGAAGGGUAUGGUGAUUCUAAAAACUCUUUUGAAUUCUCAGAGUUCGAUUUUUCAGCCUUACCAGAUACGAACAGUUAUCUCGAAGACAUAGCAAAGAAUGAUUCUGAUACAAAUUCACCAUCUAUAUCUGAUGUUGCACGAGGUAUAGAUUCUAAAAGAACGGUCAUCCCCUUCGAAAUGAGUGCAAUGAAAAGAAGUACUGAUGAUGUUUGUUCAUAUGCACUAAACGAUAAAGAAGAGUCUAAAGAAAUCCAUUCCAAAAUUAUGGUGAUUAUGAAGCAAACAGAAAUUACAAAGAACGUAAAGAAGAAUUAA